CGAAGAUUAAGUGCAAUAAAUCGUCUGCUGAUCUAGAGUGUAAAAAUGGUUGCAUCAAACAGGAAAAGAAAUAUUUAAUUGUUAUAUCCUUGUUAACUAUUGUUUGAACGUUACACACCGUACCAGCUGUUAUUAUUUGACAUCCCUUUUGAUACAAAAAUGAGGUUUAACAGCAAAGAACUUGCCCAUCUGGCACAGCAAAAUGGUAGUCACUUUGAUAGAGAAGGCAUUCUACAGAUGAAACAAAAGAAUGAAAAACUCUUCAGAAAAGGCGAAGCUUUUGUCGAACGAUUCUUCAGGCUGCGAGGUAAUCUUCUCUUCUACUUCAAAUCAAAGGAAAGCAUCAAUAAACAAGAGCCACAAGGUGUCCUAGUUUUAGAGAGAUGCACUGUGGAAUUAGAUAGCCAAAGUUCAACAGACUGUUCUUUUAUCAUAGUUUUUGAGGGAGAUGAUGAAACCUACACAUUUUUGGCGGCAUCAGAAAAAGAGAGAGAUGGCUGGAUUGAGGCUCUACACACUGCCAGCUAUGAAUGCCUGAAAAUGCAGCUGCUGAGCCUGCGCGAGCAAGUCCAGCUGCGCACUGGGCAGGACCCGUUCAGUCAGAUGAUGCGCGCUGACACCGGAAUGGAGUUUGAGACUUUAGGCAACAUUGAUUCCAAUGACCCAGCCAUGGAAAUGAGUCUAACCAUUGAAGGAUUGCCAAAUGAAAGUAAUGGCCAACCACCCAACCCAUUUGCAGUUGUAUACAUCAUCAUUCCACCUCAGCAACAGAACUGGCUCCAACACAACCAUACAGAAAUGGUGGAAAAUAACAACAAUCCCCACUUCUUGAAGACCAUUGGCUUUGGGGAUUCAGGUGGGCUUGAACCAACAAUGAGAGUGAAGAUCACAGUGUUCCAUGUGAAAGAGAGAAUGACAGGAAUGAUGACUCAGAUUGGGCAGGUCAUUUUCACCUUGAAUGACGUUCUACAAACUGAAGACUUGUCUUUAAAAUUAGCCCUUGUUGGCAAUGAUGGAACCAGAGUGGGCAUGCUGAGCAUAGUUAGCUGGUUGAACGACACCCAUGGGAACACAACCAACCUUUCUCAUGAUGAUGAAGAUGUUUUUACAAACAUAGUACCUACCAUUAGAGGCCGCACAAUGUCUGUGAAGAGACGUUCCAAACGCCUCGAGACUCUGAAGCCUUUGUGUGCAAACAUCACAACCAGAACAUUCCGCUUUGAAACAAAUGACUCAGUGAAACUUCUUGUCCAUGAAUACAUGGCAGAGAGCAAGUUUGCCUUUGACCUUCCAAUAAAAACACUACAGCUGUUGAUCGAAGAAGAGAAAACUAGAAUAAAACAUUUGCAGGAUUUAGGCCAGUUACCCAGACUGCUGGAGUCCUAUGUCGCCUCAGACAUUGCUCAUCGUGCUGCCACCAUAUCUGCCUAUACUGAUUCAAGCAAUGUUCUGACUUGUUACAUAGAUGCAGUCCUUCAGAAGGGUGCUAACUACAAAUGCUGCAGUUUUAAGCCAAGCAGUAAAAAGGCAGAUAAAGAACUGGAAUUUGUUCCUUUAAAUCUUCAUCUUCAAAGAAUGACAGUCUUAAAUGAGGCUACAGAAUCAUGGGGAGCAUAUGACGUCAUAACAGCUGGUGCUUUUGUCGCCCAUUCACGCCGAGCUCGAAAUCAUGGAGGCCUGAAGUCAAUGCUCCAUAAGCUGCAAGAGAGUUACACCCCUGAGGGGACAUUGAGCAAAGUCUCAAAAGUCAAGCGUGCCUGUGACCUGGUAAACUGUGUGCACCUUCUACAAGGGGAGAUAAACACACUGUGUGAUAGUGUCUGUCACGAAGCGCUACAGGGAGACGGCUCAUCUCUACAGGCAGCCACACUUGAACUGGAGCAAAAGGUAAAAGAUCUUGUCCUUGAUUGUCAAAGUCCCAUACUGCAAGAGGUUGCGGCACAGCUCACUGAACUUCAUGAAGACAGUGAGGCCCUAGCUGAGGAGCAGACCAAACAAAGGCAGGGCCAGGAGUCCCAAGUCAGCCCUGAAUCGGGCACCGGAUCAGCCCCCCAGGCAAUGAACUGGAGGUGGACUGGAAGCUGCUUUAUCAAGAGCCCCACCUCAGAGCCUUGGGACAUGACUCGGGUGAACACAGAGGCCUCACUCGUCUGUCUGACGUCCAUGGUAGAGGAUCUCGUGCUCAACAAGUCUGGGCCUCUCGACCAACCAAAAUGGCUCGGAGAGAUUAGCCCUGCAGUCAUCAAGCUGAAAAGCUUUGUGGAGAUUAUCUGUUGCAAAGUGACAUACUUCAUGUCCUUCUUGGAUCUCAUUGAGCACAAAGAUAAUCUCAAGUUGUUUCACAGCAUCAAAGUCAGGCGAGACAUUGUUUUUUCACAAGCAUUAACCAGUCUCGUAACUGGGUUGGUCCUACACCUGAAUGCCCUGAUAGACAACAAGCAAGUGCUGGAGCAGCUGGCAACUCUGGGGGUUGUCAUGGAGAUAGAAGGCCUUCUCAGUUGCCAUGGAGAUGAGAUACCCAUGCUAGAGGACAUGCUUGUGGCUGUGGAUGACCUGUCCACCGUCAGCUUUCAACUGGUUCUGGAAUCAACACAGAGAAAAUCUGUGCAACUGUCUACAAAUAACUUUACAAGAGCAAGCCUGUAUCCAGACCUUAACAGACAUCAUGUAUGCGUGACAAUACCAUUGCCGCAAGCUAGCUUUGAGAAGCUGCCCGACAAGUUACAAAAGGGUGAUCGGGUCAGUGUGGUUCCUAUCUUCUUCAAUAUUGGCAUCAAUGAGCUGGCAACCCUAGCUGAGAAGUUUGGCAGUACCAGCCUCCAGGACAAGCUCAAUGAGGAGAGUCUGGGACGCAUGUUUAGAUAUGUCAAGGAAUAUGAGAACCUGUACAUGCAUCCUCAAGCUGGAGGGGGAGUUGGCUCUAUUCCAUCUCUGAUGCAGCAACUGCACAACAAUGUGUACACAAAGAAGAGUAAAAAUGUAGAGAUACUUCAUCUUGGAGCUGAGUUAUGCAGAAAACUGCACGGCUUCCGCGUGACCAGCUGUAAGAGUGCCAAGGACCGCACAGCAAUGGCUGUGACCUUGGAGCAGGCGCAAAUCCUGCAGCGGGAACACAACCUGGCCUCACAUGUCUUCAUGCAGUGCCUGGACUGCUUCAGAAGCGAGGGUGUAAGAAGGGAAAAUGCUUUCAAGAACAUUGGUCAGCGCAAGUAUGCAUUCAACAGUUUACAGCUGCUAUCAUUCCCAAAGCAGUACAGACCUCCCAAUGGCACAUAUGGCAAUGUGCAGAACUAAUAGGGCAGUGUGGGUGUCCAAGUUUGUGAGGUCCUUCUGAUCCUGAGGCUGCAUUAUAUGAGGGCCCAGAGUGUCCCCAGCACUCCUACCUAAUCAAUAUACUAUACUCACGAAAGUUGGGAUGAAUUUGGAAUCAUCCCUGCAAUUUCAAGCUGUCUAUGUUUUUUACUGCAAAAUAUUCAGUAAACCAGAGAACAUGGCGAGGAAGCCAACUGUCCGGUAUGGCGACCAUAAAGCAAGCUCACAUGUGCUAGGAUUUGGGAUUAAACUCAGGUCACAUAGGUGAGAAGUGUGUACCAACCAGUGUCCUAACCAGUACCAACCAGUGCCCUAACCAGUACCAACCAGUGUCCUAACCAGACAUUCUUCUGAAGGAAGAAGUCAGCAUUCCAGUUUCUGAAAUAGAAAUUGUUGAUGCAAAAUAUUUGCAUUGGUCAUAUUGUGUAAGUUUAACUGAAAUAUUUAGUUUGGAAUAAGCCUGUAUUUGAAAUAGCAGGAAGUUUGAAAACGGUUUGAAUAUAAAAAAAUUAUACAUACAUGUAUGACAUAUUAUUCAGAAUACAGAAGUUGUACUGGUUAUGGAAAGAAUAUCUCCUAUUGUCCUCAAUGUUUUGUGUCCACAUAGUGCUUCGUGAUUCAAGAUAAUCAAAUGGGCUAACACUUGAUAAUAAACACGAGAAUAACAUCUUAUAAGCAAAUUGUGAUGAAUCAGAUCAGAAGUACGCGAAUCAAAUAUGAAAAUUAAGUCUCGUUGCCGUCGCGUAGUUAAGUAAAAUGUUUUUUAAUGAGCUGCUAAAUAUUUCGUCACUCCACCGCCACGUUUACAUAUUACAACAAGCACAAAUAUGGUGGCUUCUUGCUAUCAGAUAGCAAGGUACUUUGUGUAAAUUAUGUAUUUGAUUCCGCAAUAAAUGUUUAAAAUCCGUAUACACCUGUACAUUCUUAAUAUUCGGAUCGGUGCAACUUGCUUGGUUGAUGAAACUUUGUUAAAUUCGAUGACAAAAAUCAGUCAUAAAGACAUUCCGGUAUCUAACAAAAUUACUAAGGUCUAAUAACUUGGAGCCAGCACGAAUCUUUUUUUAACCUUCUGAAAAUUAAUACAAUACAUUCGCUUUUUUUAAUUUUGAGAUACGCUGGAUUUUUCCGCGCUACGCUCUUGUCUUGUAUUUUAUAAAGAGCACAACAUCAAUAAAUGUUUUCAGAUGCUA